CAUUUUAGAAAUCUAAUGAAGAAUUGGUAGAAAAACAAGCUGAAAUUGAGUUUACAAAACUGCAGCAAACUGACAUUAAUCGCCGUGGAAACUCUUUAUUUGCUGAAGUGGAGGACAAACGGAAAUCUUUAGAAAGAGAGUUGAUCUCGUUAAGACUGAAAAAUCAAAGCACUGAAGAAAAAUAUCUAAUUAAUCUAAAACAACUUCAGAAGAUGAAGCAUCAAAUGGCAACAUUGCUGAGUAUGACAAGUCAGAAAAGUGAUGCUGUCUAUGUCCAGAAAGUGGAGCAAUCUUUGUCUCAGGCACGGGCUGAGAUCCAGGAGUUAACAGAACGUCUUCAGCAGACAGAAAAACGACUUGAAGCAUUUCAGAAGCAACAAGUGUUACAUGUAACUUCUGUCCAAAUGGGAACUGUGCAGUCAUCUUCAUGUCAGUCAUCUGUAGACAGUACCAAUGGAAAGUAUGAUUAUUUACGGACAAUGCUGGAACAGUCACAGCAAGAAGUAUGCAAGCUUGAAAAAGAACUCCAGCUGAGUAGAAUGCUUAAAGUUGCUGAAAGUGACAAACUUCUACAAUGCCAGCGAAGUUUAUAUCAAGCAGAACGUCAAACAGAAGGCUUAAAAAGUGAAGUGAUGAGGCUAAAGUUACGACUAGAAGAAGUCAUGAACAAAAAUGGUGAACCUCUAAAAGCAGCUAAGAAGUUUGUGACUAAAACUGAAAAGAUUCCUGGAUAUCAGAAAAUGCUGGAAAAAGAGGAAACCAUUGAAGAUUCUGUAAAGCUACAAGAAAACAAUACUAGUCUUAAACAACAUAAGAAUUGUCAGAUGAUAUGA